GCUUGAUGACGUGAACAACAACAGUGCCAGGGCAAAAUGGAGAGAAAACACAUGUCAGCUUUAGCUCUGUACAAAACUCUGUCUGUAAACCAGCCUCCUCCUGCUAAGAAGCCCUCUCUGCAGGUGUCUGCAAAGAAGAAAAAGAAAAAGUCAAACGGGAUUGUGCAAAAUAAUAAUAAUAAUAAUACCCAAAUGAAGCAGAUUGCAAAAAAGAGAAAAAUACAAAAUACAGAUGUAAAGUCUCCAACGAAACCUGAGCACACGUCAGAGGGGGAGCCGUUUGUGGGCGGUGAGGAGUGCUUGGACACUUUAUUGAAGGAGUUAUCAGGAGUGAACAACAGCAGAGACAGAGCCAGCAGGUUAUUCCAAUGGCUCAUCAACCCCAUACCAGCCAAAGCCUUCUUCAGGGAAACGUGGGAGAAGAAGCCGAUCAUUGUCCAACGUAAAAACCCAAACUACUACAAGGGCCUGUUCUCCACGGCAGAGUUUGACCGAAUACUGAGAGAAGAGGACGUUCAGUAUGGAGUGAACCUGGACGUGACCAGCUACACAGAUGGUAAACGGGAGACCCAUAACCCCCCCGGGAGAGCCCUGCCCUACACCGUGUGGGACUUCUAUGAGAGUGGCUGCUCCCUGCGCAUGCUCAACCCCCAGGCCUUCUCCUCCUCCGUCUGGAGCGUCCUGUCCAUCCUGCAGGAGCACUUUGGCAGCAUGGCCGGAGCCAACGUAUACCUGACUCCUCCGGGCACACAGGGAUUCGCUCCACAUUACGAUGACAUUGAGGCCUUCAUCAUUCAGCUGGAGGGGAAGAAGCACUGGAGAGUGUACAGUCCAAGAUCAGAAGACGAGGUGUUACCAGUGGUUUCAAGUCCUAACUUUGCUCAGAGUGAGAUCGGAGAGCCCAUCCUGGAGGUGGUUCUGGAGGCUGGAGACCUGCUCUACUUCCCCCGAGGCUUCAUCCACCAGGGGGACUGUCUGCCUGACGCUCACUCCAUGCACAUCACCAUCUCCUCCUACCAGAAGAACAGCUGGGGAGACCUGCUGCUCAAGAUGGUGCCGGCUGCUUUGGAGUUGGCCAUAGACGAGGACGUGGAGUACAGGCAGGGCUUACCGCUCGACUACCUCACCUACAUGGGGGUGCAGAAUUCAGACAAAGAUGAUCCACGCAGGGGGAAAUUCCUCUCCCGCGUUGAAGCGUUGAUACACAAGUUGGCCCAGUACGCUCCUGUAGACGGUGCUGUGGAUCUGAAGGCGAGAGAUUUCAUCCACGACUGCCUGCCUCCCAAACUCACACCAGAUGAAUUGUCCAGCACCGUCCAAGGAGCUCCGGCUAGGUGGCACCGCGGGCAGACCAAGGACGUGGGGUCACCAAUCACCACACAAACCAAAAUCCGACUGGUCCGCGCCGGCUGUGCCAGGUUAUGCAGCGAUGGGGAUGUCGUGAGCCUGUACUACACUACACAGAACUCCAGAGUUUACCACAAGGAGGAAAUCAAAAGUUUGGAAGUACAAGUCGAGAAUACAGAUGCUAUAGAAUUUCUCAUCCAUUCAUAUCCUAAAUUUGUUACUGUUGGAAGUGUCCCGUGUGACUCUGCAGACGACAGGAUGACUUUGGUUGAAUCACUUUUCGAGAAGGGGAUCAUCCAGACUGAACAACCUCUGUAAAUGACAUCUUUCUAGGGAAUUGACAAAUAAACUGUUUGAUUCAGA